CAUUUUCUCUCACUCCGCUUGCACAAUACAACAAAUCCACCUCAGCAGAUCCUCCAUUUAUAUUUAUUUAACUGGGCAGUUAAAUACAUUUGUAAAUUCCUCGUAUACAAGGAAGAAGGAAGAAGACGCUAUUUUGCUGACGUGUUUUCCAGUUGUGCUUCGUCAAGGAAAUAUUAUAUAGUUAGUUGCUCGUCUUCUAGUCCCACUAGCAAAUAAAAGUUUAAAUUUUGACAACCCCGAUUUUCUUGUUUUUGAAAAAGUAAUUUUUGUCGUCAUCAUAAUGUCUGCCAAAGAUCGUCGCCUAUACGUCGGAAAUCUACCAAAUGAUGUCCGAUCAAAGGAUAUCGAAGACCUUUUCCGCAAGUUUAAGGUGAUGGAUGUUAACCUCAAGCUCCCUCGGGGUGGGUUGCCCUUUGCGUUUUUGGAGUUUGAGUCCUCAAAGGAUGCUGAGGACGCGCUGCGACGACGAAAUGGGUACAAAUUGGAUGGUUAUCGAAUUAGAGUCGAGUAUCCUACAGGAAGUGGUCCAAGGACUGGUGGGGGUGGCGGUGGUCGAGGUGGUGGUGGACGAGGUGGGCGAGAUGGAGGACGAGAUGGUGGGAGGAGACCUGGAGGUGCUGCGUUCAGCCGAAGUGAAUUUCGGGUUAAAGUUGAAGGAAUUCCUCCAUCUGGGUCUUGGCAAGAUCUCAAGGAUCAUAUGCGAGAGGCUGGAGAAGUUUGUUAUGCUAACGUGUCCAAGGAUGGAACAGGAAUUGUCGAAUUCGCUCGAUAUGAUGACAUGAAGUAUGCUAUCAAGAAACUCGACGACUCGCGAUUCCGAUCACACGAGGGGGAGGUGGCGUAUAUUCGAGUUCGAAAGGAUUCUGAAUCGGGAUCCCGCUCUCGAUCACCUCGAAGCCGGAGCCGCAGUUAUUCCCCUGCUCCAAAGCGUUCAAGGGGUUCUGCUGAUCGUGAGAGUCGUUCACGAUCUCGAUCCAAUGAUUCUCGUCGUUAAGAGUUUGCUGUUGGUUUCAAGAAUUACGUGAUUCAAGACGGAAAUGAAUUAAAAACAACAACAGCAUUUAUGUACUUUAGUUGUUUGGUGUAUUGGCGUCUUUGUAUUAAGUGUUGUUCUUUUUCUUAUUUUUACUAUACAACUUUCAAUUAUUCAUUUUAUAUUCUGGUCUGAACACGUGAUUCACACGGGUUAGUGUUUUAAGAAUCAUGAAAGUUUACUGCUAUCAAGAGUGAAAUAUCAAGAGUUCAUUUUGCAAAAUUCAAAUUGUUUCAACCAACUGUUUAUUUUCUGAAUAAACAUUUAUAAAAUGUUAAUUGAUA